UGUAUUUCUCACUUCCUAAGGGACCACCAAACAAGGCUGCCUUUCCUUUUCACUGUCUUCACCUUAGCCAAAAUGACUUAGCUUAAGUUGGCUUUGUUCACUGUUCGCCCUUACAUAAAUUCAGUUGUCAUGACAUCACAAACAUUACUUCUUUGCUCCAUGGCAAUAGCUGAGCUUCACAGGGAGAGGGGUCACAGGUAGAGAAGACAGAUCUUGAACUCUGGAGGGAAACUGUGAGAGCUGGAAAAGUGCGUGAAGAGUUGACUACUGACACAGUCCUGUCUUGAGAGUGGAACUGGUUUGACCAUAGUUUAGACAAAAGAGCUUGUUUGACCCUGACAGCUUGAGUACACAGGCAAAGAAAAGAUUGUUGGUUUUGAAUGUGAAGAAGCAAACUUUCAACUGUUUUCUAAGAAGCCUAUUCUGUUGGGAAUGUCAAGAAAUCUACGCACAGCUUUCUUCAUCUAGGUUUGGCUCAAGACCCAGAAGAGAAGUGAAAAACUGUCUUCUCAAUGGAAGAUGACAGUGAAACUGAGCAGAGCUCCUGGGCUUAUCUACCUGAUGUCUGUCUGAGGCAUGUCUUCCAUUGGUUAGAUGACAGGGACAGAUCUCAGGCUGCCUUGGUCUGUAAGAAAUGGAGUUGGGCCAUGUACUCAGGAUCCCUCUGGAGGAGCAGAACCAUCAUAUUCUACGGCCGGCCAUCAAGGGCACGCACAAUGGAGUUUCAAAGUGCAUUAUGGUAUGUCAAGAAGUUUGGCAAGUAUUUGGAGCACCUCGAGAUCAAGUUAUCGAAUCCUUACAAUACUGCCUUUACUCAAAAAUUUCAAAUGACGAUGAGAGGUCUUCUUUCACAUCUGGGUAAGCGCAACAGUCGCCUAGUAUCCCUGAGCAUCAAGUACCUGGAAUUAGACCGCUUGAUCUGGAAAAACGUGGUCAGGGCUCAGUUUAUCAAGAACUUAGCUACCUUCCUGAAAAGAAUGAGCAAGCAACUUGAUUAUCUCAACCUAAAAGGAGCAAGAGUAACCUUGGAAGACGGCUGUGAACUUCUGAAUUCUCUGACCUGCUUGACAAAUAGAAGCUUUAUAUCUGAAAUCAAUAUUGAGGAUUUCUUCGGUCUUCACCUUCCGGUCUACAGCAGCACCUUGUUCCACCAGACUAUGUCCAAGUUCCACAGCCUGGUUAUCCUGACUUUCAAUUAUAACUGCAUCUCUGAUGAACUGCUGGACAUCCUGCGGGAGCACAGCGCUCAUUCCCUGUGCACCUUGAAUAUCAAAUGUCAUAUCCAUGACCCUCAUGGGCAAGUGGUCUGGGGAAUGUCAUGGGCAAACCUGGCCAAGAGAGCCCCAAAACUGAAUGUGAACUUCUUCUUUGAAAGAGUCGUGAGGCAUGAUCACCUAGCCAGGAUCCUGCUAGCAGAGAUUCCAGUCAGGAGCAUCAGUCUACGGAGCUGCUAUUCCAGUGACCGAGACUGGAUAAUGAGACCUACCCUCACCAACCUCCUCCCAGUCUACUGGCAUAUUCUGCAGAAAUUAACACUUGAAUUAGACAAUUGCCAUGAGCUGCUGGAUGAUGAGCUGCUACAGCUCAUCUUGUCAUGCAAGAGGUUGUUAUUUCUGAAAGUUUGGGCAUUUCUAAGUGUCACCUUUAUGGAGAGCCUGCUACAAAACCGUGCAGAAAGGAAAUGCGUUUUGACUACCAUAAAGGUAAGCCUUCGUGCUCUAAAACUCCUUUUCCCUUCCUCUCUCCACUACCCAGAGAAAGGUGAGGUCCCCAUGCCCAUAGAAAGGUCACUUACAGAAAUGUUAACUACCUUCCCUAUAUUAUGUUUUAGCAUUAUAACAAACCUGGGGAACCACUCACAGAAAUUAUGCUUUCCAGCCUGCUUAGCCAGGUACAGAAUAAUAACAAGCCCCAACAAUUCCACAAGUCCUUCCUAGGCUAGGGUUCUUUCUGUCACCCCUAGUUCAAGCUAGGCAUUCUCAGUCACUUCCCAGGCCCAGUGCUUACAUCUAUGCUUAUACUGAGGCAGGUGAAUCCCACUAAACUGCAAACAAAUACAAACAACUCUCAUUCUUUAGGCAUGCUGUGUUGAACUGGAGCUGGUGUAAACCAUGCUGUUGUGCGUGUUAGAUUCUGAAUUCAGUAGAUCCUCCCAGAUCUGUGCAGAUCCCAGGGAUGCAUCAGUUCUGGGGUUAAAAGGAAUCUUGCUCCUUCCAAAAAUUAUUUGGCAGGAGAUUAUGUGUUCAGUCAGUUUGGAGUGAAAACAGAACCAAGCCUCAAGAGUUUACUCAAAAUCAAGGAAUCAGCUUCUCUAGAUUCCUCAUUAGUCGCAGAGGCUUCUUUUUGUGAGCUUUAACGACUGAGCCUUCUACAUGUAUCUGAGAGACAUGACUGCCAUUCACGCAUACAGGUCAGGAUUUACACAGCUCAGCAAGAGACCAGUGAGGAGGAUCGGCUGUUGUGUGAUAUUUACAGGAAGUUCAAAAACCUGAUUGACUCAGAGCUUAAUUAUUUUGUCAUCGCCUACCCAAUGGCGUAAACCACAGGGAGAGAGAAGAACACCCAGUGACAUCUGCAAGCAAUGAACGGAUCCUCUGGAGGGCAUUAGUAAGGGAUUUGAAUCUUGACAGCAGUGCCUCUGAAAGGAAGAUAGCAUUACAGCAAGAGAGAGGCAAGGGACAAUUUUACACUCCAUGCAUUAAAAUCUUGGACUUGGGAACCAGCCUCCUGUGUCUCCAGCAUCAUCUGUUCUUGUCCUUGCUUAGUUUUUCUUCUCCAGAACAAAGGAGGCAAUGAGCCCUUUUUCACCCUUACAGGCAUCUCUAGUUAAAAUAAGGCCAUCCUCUUUUUUUCAGCAUGUCUCACUGUAGAGCUUCAAACACCUUACCAGUGAAGCCCAUCGCAUUGUUUCCAUUUUACUAAAAUGGAAAAUGAGACACAGGGUGAGGAAGUGAUUAGCCCAAAGUCAGCUUUGGCUUGAUCUUUGCUCACAUGCAGUCAGAUGCACUCUGCAGUGUAUCACCAGUCCUUAGCUCCCAUUAAGUUUGAUAUACACCCUGUGCCUAGUUAACAACAGAUGUUGAGAACAAAACACACCAUAGC